AAUACUUCAAGGUUGUUAGAGGGACGUCUCGAAACGUUGCGCACUUUAAAUGGCUGAUGAGAAGCCACGAAGAAAACUAAUUUUACAUUUUGAUGCCAGGAAUACUUUGUUUCUGUCAGAUAAAAGUUAUCGUUUCACUAUUGAAGAGGCACUGAACAGUUACAUUUCUGGAAUUGUAUGGGGUCAAUUAAAAGAAAAAUCUGAAAAAAAUGAAAGUAAUGAUGUACAAAACAAUUCUGAAACUAUCUUACCAAUGGAUUGUAAUCAAGAUCAUUCAAGUGAUAUGAUUAAAAUAAAUGAAAGUCAAAGUGAAAGUAUAAAACCUGUAAAGUAUCAAGUUCUUAACGAAAUGAAUCCAAAUCAAAAUCAUGAAGUUAACUCUUGUAAAACAACAAUAACCACCCCCACAAUAACAACAACAAUCACAACUCCAAUGGAUACUCGUCAACCAUAUGAAGGUGAAAAUUUUGAAAAUUUAACAUCAAAUGAAUUAGCUAAUUUUAAAUCAACUUUAGCAUGUUGGAAUCGUUUACCAAUACCAUUAUGUAUUAAACAACCACAACCGAAUGCUAUAAGUAUAUAUAAAUUAUUAGAGAAACAAAUUGUUAAAAUAACAUCCGAUAGAGGUAGAAUAAGAAGAUAUUUAGGUAAUUUUACUCAAACACCAGAAGGUUUACCAUAUCGUAAUUUAUUUAAUGAAUAUUUAGAAAUGUUAAAAUUAACACCAAUUGAAUCCAUUAAUUCACCAUAUUGUUUAUGUGUAAAUAGUGGAAAUAUUAAUAAUCACCAUGGCAACAACAAUAAUAAUAAUAAUAAUAAUGAUCAUAUAAAUGAGAAUGUGGAUAAUCAUUAUUAUCAUUAUUUAAUGCCAGCUUUUUAUCGUUUAUUAACAUGGCUUAUUGAAACAAAUCGUCAAUUUGCUAUAUUUAUACGUACCUAUGGUAAAGAUGGUGAACAUAUUUUAUCAGCAAUUGAAGCAUAUAUUCAUGGUAAACAUUCACAAGAGAAAGCACCAUUCAAUGCUAAACAAUAUAUAUCAAUUGAUUAUACUAAAUGGUAUUUAAAACGUUCUGAUCAUGAACCAUUAUUUCAAUUUAUUAAAGAAAUUCCACAUAAAGAUCUAUUAGAUCCUGAUAAACAAUUUAUCAAUAUAUCAAAUAAUCCUAAUGAAAUUUAUCAAAUAUGGUCAAAACAAAUUGGUGUACUUCAUGUAAUAGAUGAUUUCAAUUAUUGGAAAUCACAUAAUUAUCAUUAUAAAUCAUCGAAACCUUUAUGGUUUAAUCCAUAUGAUCCAUAUAUUCAACAUAUAUUAUUUGAUGAUAAUAUACGAUUUGAAGAAGAUGGUUCUAAUGUCAUUGAUUUAUAUCAACUUAAUACUACUACUACUAGUAGUAGUAGUAGUAGUAGUAGUAAUAGUAAUGGUAAUAAUAAUGAUGAUGAUGACAUAACCUCCUCAGAAUCUAAUCAUUAUCAUCAUCUUGAUAAUAAAGAAGCUAUGAAAUGGGAAAAUAUUUAUUAUGUACAAGCGGAUUUAUUAAAUAUAAUUAAAAAUAGAAAUUAUUUUAUUGAAAAAGUUAAUGAAUGUGAAUUCAAUUUAGAUCAAAUACAAAAACAAUUCAAUGUCAUAUGA